AUGGACGAAACAGGGAUCCUAGAAGGCCUCGGCAGCAAUGGUCUUGUACUAGGGAGCUCAAAGAAGAAGAUACAGCUGAAAAAACGGCUUGGAUCGCGUUGUUGGACUACAAUUGUAGAGUGCGUCUCUGCAACGGGCCAGGCCCUAAUGCCGCUGGUCCUUUUUAAGGGUAAAGACCUUCAACACCAAUGGUUUCCGGAGAAAUUGGCCUAUUUGGAUCAAUGGCGCUUUGCAGCAACCGAUAAGGGCUGGACUAGCGAUGCAAUUGCAUUAAAGUGGCUAAAAGAGGUCUUUAUCCCCGGAACGAAGGCAUCGAAAACGAAUAAACGGCUACUUAUUGUUGAUGGGCACGGAAGCCAUACGACAGAUGAUUUUAUGUACGAAUGCUUCGAUAAUGGUAUCUUCCUACUAUUCCUACCGGCACACGCCUCAUACGUCCUCCAGCCUCUCGAUGUAUCGUGUUUUUCACCCAUUAAGGCUGCCUACCGCCGGGCUAUUGAAGCUAUUGCGUUUUUAGCUGGUAGUAACGAUACAACGCCAAUCGGCAAGGCUACCUUUUUGCAAUGCUAUUAUAAGGCCCGUACGGAAGGUCUUACGGAACGGAAUAUUAAGGGAGGCUGGAAGGGAUCUGGGUUGUGGCCCGUUAAUAUAGCAAAGCCUCUAAUGAGCCGCCUUCUAUUACAGACCGACCCCCCAGCCGUUCCAGAAGCCGAGGCCCUAAAAAGGCAGCUUGAGGAGGAAUCCGAUCCAUUCCGAACACCCUACAGAUCGUACGACGUUAAAGUCCUUAUUGCAAAGGUAUACGCGCCCGGCCAAGUUGAUCGGGCUGCUAGGCGGCUGUUUUGGAAGAUUGGCCGGGGCCUUGAUGCCCAAAACACCACCCUUGCAGAGGCCCAGGCUAAAAUCGCUCAAUUGGAAUAUCAAGUCUAUCGACUUAAGCCUCUAAAGAAGCAAAAAGUAGCCCAAGAUCCCAACGAGCGCUUUGCACAGAUUGAACAGAUCGUUGAGACUCGAGCAAGACUGCAACGGGUGCUAGAUCCGGCCCCAAUAGCCGCCUUAACGUCUAGUUACGAAUUUGAGAGCCUUUGCUUUGAAUGGCAGCUUGAAUAG